AUGUCGAGCGCGAAACGCAGAAGAGAAAGUGAUGGGACUACGGCGUCUUCUAGUCUAUCCACAGCCGAAUCUCCUGAAGUGCUUACAGACCAACACGCGGUGAUCCGUGCCUGGCUGGAGGACACCAACGAGGGCCGUCUCUUCUCUCAGAUCUUAGAAUUCGCACUACAGACGGGGACGUCAAGUACUUACCUCCAUCUCAAGAGCUUCUUGGCCGAGCACACGCCGGAGGAUGUUCGUAACAUAUUACUGGGCUCAGAUGGACGCAGGGUUCUGCGAAGUAUCGAAGACCUGCAAGCAAAGAGGGACUUGAACCGAACAGACCUUGUUCUGGAAAUGCUCCAUGAACCCGUCCCCACUUUUGACGAGACCAUUGAUGAAAAAGCCUUCCGAACCGCUGUAGAAGACGCAAGAGUGGCUGAUAGCCCAUCUACAAUUGCGAACAGUGUUUCCAAGUUCCAAGACGAACAGAAAAAACAUCCGACCUACAACGGGCGGCCGAACUCGCGCAUUGGUCCGCCUAUCACUAUCUAUAACCGUACAUUUGCCAUUAUUCGCGAUAGGCUCAAGGAUCUGUCGAAGGAAGCCCUUGCGCCUGACUUGGUCGUUGACACCUCCCACCUCUUCGAUGCCGCAGCCGUCAUCUAUGACAAGGAGAAUAGGCGGGAAGAUGCCAUAUAUCCGAUCCUUCAAAGAUUGUUCAAGGUGCCGCUCGAGCGCAAAAUUAAGGCAUCAUUCGGUAGUGGGACGGCCGCUGAGAGCGACGCCGCAUUCAUCUUUGAACUAGAAGAUGGGUCCAAAGCGAUCAUUGCCCACGCCGAACAUAAGGACGAACUGGGCCUCGCUGGCCAAAGUGGUGUACAGGGUCCUCUCACUCUGAGAAAGCACUUAGCUACUACCAACUACAUCAAACUACGCAACUCGUCACAUUGCCCCUGUCUGCUCGUUUCUACCGCCGGCCCCUACGUAUGCUUUGCUGGCUCUAUCCAGGUCGAUGUAUUCUCUACCCAGCAAUUUACCGACUACAUCUGUCUUGGAACGGAUGACCUGCACCGUCAAGAACAAGUCGAGGAGGUCUCGAAGAUAUUUGGCAUCUUCCGAGAUGCGUUGAAUGACUUGAAGGCAUAUUACAGCAGUCUCACCCUCUCGGACACGCCGUCGCCUGCCCGCCUAUACCCGUCGCCGAUGUACAAAACACAUCCACCUGCACCAAUUCAGUUUGUUGAACGCUUGCGAUUUCCUGGUUGGAACGAUGAGUCCUACCAUUGUUCACUGUUCAAAGCCAAGCUUGGCGACGAGCCUGUCGUCGUCAAGUUUUGCCAAACCUACGGCGAAGAAGCCCACAACAUCGUUGCAGCCGCAGGUCUUGCUCCUCGCCUCCGCUUUGUUGGAGCACUGUGCGGUGGGGGCAAGAUGGUUGUGAUGGAUGACGCCAAAGGCGAACCCGCCUCGGUCGUGUUUCGAGGCCUGCAGGCGCUGCCCCCGACUGUCAUGAGCGAUCUGCAAUUCGCAAUUCAUACACUCCAUGCAAAGGAUCUUGUUUACGGCGACCUACGGGCCCCCAAUAUCAUUGUACGCCAGGAGGGUCCACUUUGGCGGGCGUCUUUAGUUGAUUUCGACUGGUCGGGCCCGGCGGGCACUGUUUGCUAUCCAUCCAACCUCAAUACCUCAGCCUUCUGGGGCAUCGGCGCUGGACCAUGUCUCCCGAUCCUGAAGGAACAUGAUUUGGGUAUGCUUCAGCUGUUGUAA